GCAAAGCCGCACGGGAGGGGAGAGUGGUGUCGCCCGGUCUGGCCCCGCACUGGGGUCUGGCCUCGGUAUAAGUGACCUGCGGGGAGACAGAGGAGCGAGAAACACGGCAGGGUCCAAAGAAGCCGUUCUGACGGCGACACCACCCUGGUGACCCGCCGCGCCCCCCCUGUUAGUCGCCAGCUUAAGCGGGACCCAGCCCAGUGGGGGGGCGGAGCCUGGCGUCCGUGGCUCCUCCUAGCCAAUGGCGCCCCACGGCGGGCAGGAUUCCAACCAAUCGUGGCUCGCGACUGGCCUCCGGGGCGGAGCCGAGUGCCCCCCCCCACCCCCCGGCUAGACCCCGAGGCCGGGGGAAAGUGAGCCGACUCCUGCCCAGCUCUGGUGGGACGCGGCGCUGCAGGUUUGCCGGAGACGGUGGUGGCGACCCUGGCAGCCGAGGACAUGGGAGGCUUAAAGAGGAAGCACUCAGAUUUGGAAGAGGAGGAAGAAGAGAAAUGGCACUGGAGUCCAGCUGGUCUUCGGAGCUACCAGCAAGCCCUGCUCCGAAUCUCUCUGGACAAAGUCCAACGCAGCCUGGGCCCCAGAGCGCCCAGCCUCCGCCGGCACGUCCUUAUCCACAACACACUCCAGCAGCUCCAGGCCGCCAUUCGCCUAGCUCCGGCACCAGCCCUGCCCCCAGAGCCUCUCUUCCUGGGAGAAGAGGAUUUCUCCCUGUCCACCACCAUUGGCUCUAUCCUCAGGGAGCUGGAUACGUCCAUGGGUGACUUGGCAUCCCCUCAGAAUCCAGUGGUCCCCCCGGGUCCCCCGGAUGAUGUGGUGCCCCAGGCUGACCCCGUGUUUUUAGAAGCUCUCAGCUCCCGGUACUUGGGGGACACUGGCCUGGACGACCUCUUUCUGGACAUUGACACAUCCGCAGUGGAAAAGGACUCUGCGCCUUUACCCCCACAGCCUCCUCCAAGCCUGUUCUGUGCCCCAGGGUCCUGGGAGUGGAAUGAAUUGGACCACAUCAUGGAAAUUAUCCUGGGGUCCUAAGACGCAUGGGGGUCCUUCCUGGCAUCAGCCUCUUUGACCUGGGUCCUUGGAUGUGACUCUUGUCUGUGUGCUUAGCAGAGGCUGUCAGCAGUGACUGUGGCCUCCUUUCUUCCUGUCAGGAUUCCACAAACUGCCCUGCAUGUGUGCGUGUCUGGUUACCCCAGCCUUCCGUGAAGGUGCGUCUUCUUGAAUUAAUUUAUCUCUUCCAGAUGCCUUAAGGAGACUCUGUUUCAGGGAGUCUGAUUUCUCACACGUUUCUUCUGCUUCCAGUUCCCACUGCUCUGGUGACCACUAGGGCCUCAGGGAACAUAAAAGCUGGACCUGUCGAAGGGUGAUGGGUGGGCUGCCUCUCCAGGGAGUGGGAGGGGCUGGUCUCCUCCUGGCAGGCUGAGCCCCACUUCCUUGGCAGGACCCCAGUCCCAACAACCUCCUGAUUCAUAACCAGGCCGGACCAUGUGCAAUAGGGUGGAAAUCUACCAGCUCCAUGCCAUACUAUUUAACAAAAAAAAAAAGAAAAAAAGAAAAAAAAGGGCAGGGUUUGUAGUGGCUGGUUUAUUUUAAUUUUAUUUUUUGAGUUUUUUUUUAAAUAAAAGUAUUUUGGAAAGA